AUGAUUCAACCUCAGACCCAUUUGAAUGUAGCAGACAACAGCGGGGCUCGAGAAUUGAUGUGUAUUCGAAUCAUAGGAGCUAGCAACCGUCGAUAUGCUCGUAUUGGUGACGUUAUUGUUGCUGUGAUCAAAGAAGCAAUCCCCAACACGCCCUUAGAAAGAUCAGAAGUGAUCAGAGCUGUAGUUGUACGUACUUGUAAAGAACUAAAACGCGACAACGGUAUGAUAAUACGAUAUGAUGACAAUGCUGCAGUUAUCAUUGAUCAAGAAGGAAAUCCAAAAGGAACUCGAAUUUUUGGUGCAAUUGCCCGGGAAUUGCGACAAAAAUUUGCGAAAAUAGUUUCAUUAGCUCCUGAGGUAUUAUAA